AUUUCUGUAACGUCUUCCUCUCAUGUCUCCUCUAUACUGCACACCCCCGACCAGAGAACAAGCAAGACCCCCGCCAGAGCAAACACAUCCUCCAGACGAAGAGCGAGGGACAGCGACAGCCCUACCAAGGACUGCCAUUCACCACACUGCAAGGUUUCAGACUGUGGAUAUACCAACCUAUGGCUCUCCAGGUGCUGGGCAUUAGCCUGUCCAUGAUUGGAUUAGCAGGGACCAUACUGAUCUGUGCCCUGCCCAUGUGGAAGGUGACCGCAUUCAUAGGCCAACACCUGGUGGUCAUGCAGGUCUUCUGGGAAGGCCUGUGGAUGACAUGUGUUUAUGAGCACACGGGACAGAUGCAGUGUAAGAUCUACGACGCCUUGCUGGACCUGUCUCCUGACCUCCAGGCUGCCCGUGGCCUCAUCUGCAUCAGCCUGGUACUGGGCUGCCUGGCCUUCCUCAUCUUCCUCCUGGGUGCCCGUUGUACCAACUGCUUGAGUCAUCCCCGAGUGAAGGCUCGCGUGGUGCUGUCCUCAGGGCUCACCUUCUCCCUUGCGGGCCUCACCACCGUGGUGGCUGUGUCUUGGACGGCAAACUCCAUCAUCAGGGACUUCCACAACCCACGGGUCCCAGAGGUUCUGAAGAAGGAGCUGGGGGCAGCUAUCUAUGUGGGCUGGGUGAGCUCUGGCCUUCUGUUCUGUGGAGGGGCGCUGUUGAGUUCCAGCUGCCCCCCUGAGAGGGUCAGAUACUCUUCCAGCGGAUAUACACGUGCCAAAACGCCAACUUCCAGUGGCUAUGCCAUCAAGAACUAUGUGUGAAGAGAAUUUGUGAAGUGAACUGGAAAGACAUGUGACUUGCAAGCUUGUUUGGCAUAAUGUGUAGUCUCACCCAAAUUCCAUGAUUCAGUUUAGGUUGAAUUAGCAGCGUGGCAAGUUCAGGUCAUCAAUAAUACAAAGGUAUGAAAAGUUUCAUAAAAAACAAGGUUCUUUUUUACGAUAAACAUCUAAAUUGUUUGUUAUCCAUGACCAAGGGGUUAGUUGGAGAAAUAACAUUUAAGUCAACAGUAUAUUAUUGCAGGCACUACUUUCACUGAGUUAACCACAUAAUUAUUUAAUGUUUUUUUCUUGUGUUGAAUCUGAAUGUAUUAAUUGCAGAUUGUAGUUUUGUCUAAAAGUACAGCCUGUUUUUAAUGUGUUUUCAUCUCUUCCAGUUAUGAUAGUAAACACUGUAGUCCUACAAAUGUACAUACAGUAAUCUUAAACGGUAGGGAGUAGGAAACCUUGAUCUUAGUUAACUCUUUAAGGGUUUUUUUAUAAACUAUAAAUAAAGAUGGAAAUUAGUUUUUCAUUUUAAAACCCUGCAAGAUAAUACAAUAAAAUACCAGUACUACAUCAAAUACAGCACCACCUUAUCCUUGCCCUUUUCGCUCUUAAAAAGUCUGUAACAGCUGAAGAUAGAAUAAUAAGAAGGCACUGACUUAUCGUGGCCCACAUAAAAACUGUUCAAUAAAAUCAUUGUAACAAUUCAGUUUCAUAGGCCACAAAGCCGGUAGCCGCUGUCUGAAGCACAGU